UGGAAAAUCUGUAGAACUGAUGUAAGAGAAAGCAAGGACAGGGGCUGGAGCAAGUGAAGUAGAACUGCGACUAUAAAAACACGGGAAGAAACUCACCAUCAGGGCUAAGUUUGGGAUAAACUGCAGACAGGACUCUGUAGUUAGGAGUUCCGACUUCUCACAAGAUGCUGGACCGGAGAUUGGCAAGUGCACACUUCAUCCUGGCUGUGGUUGUGAUGCUGUGGAGCUCAGGAAAGGCGUUCUCUGUGGACGUAGCAACAGAGGCUUCUGAGUUUGGAGCAGCCGGCUUGCAAUCACCACCCACAGGCAGGGAAGAGAAAUCAGCCACCGACCUUGCAGCUAAGCUCCUGCUUCUAGAUGAACUGGUGUCCUUGGAGAACGAUGUAUAUGAGACCAAGAAGAAGAGGAGUUUCCCUGGCUUUGGGUCUCCACUUGACAGACUCUCAGCUGGGUCUGUAGAGCACAAAGGGAAACAGAGGAAAGUAGUAGAUCAUUCAAAAAAGCAACGCUUUGGAAUCCCCAUGGAUCGGAUUGGGAGAAACCGACUUUCUAGUUCCAGAGGCUGACAAAUUACCUUUAUGUGUCUGACUUGCGAGAAAUGGCACAGAACUUAUAGAAGAUGCUUCAGUGAAGUUCUUCAUUGCUCCUUGCUGGUGAACUUGUUAAAGAAUUAACCUUCUGCAAACCUUCCCAAAGCUUGAGAACUCUCAACUCAUCAUGCCCUAGUGUUGCUAUGGUUCUAGUUAAGUCUUACAGAUUAUUUCAGUGAAUGAAUGUCUUUGGGGGAUAUUUUUAAUGAUUCAUAAACCAUAAUGUGGUUCCCAAACCUACUUUUAAAAGCAAUUAUCAAGUGUUAUGCAUUCUCUUAUCCUUAAUGCUUUUACAAUUCAUUUACCUGGUGUGCUUUCUAGAAACCUAGGGUUUAAAGACCUGAAGAGUAAGGAAAGGAGCAUGUGUACAGCAUACAUAAUGAUUUAUAGAAAGAGGGCGUUUUAAUUCUUCUGAAAUGUGUCAAAUUGCUGAGAAUCUUCCCUCCAGGCUUAGAGGAAAGGCAAUAAGUGAGUGGCUGCUUCAAGUGUGGUAGAAAGCUGUAGCAAAGGGACAUUCAUUUUGAGAAAGCUGAGCAACAGUGUUCUUUAGAAAGUAAUAUCUAAAAGGUAGUAUAAGAAAAUUAAUAUAAUUGGCCUUUGUGUAAUGUUCUGCAGAGCUUUGAAUUUAAAAGAUUUAUUUGAAAAGAAAUUGCUGUCUCUUUUACUUAUUUUUCCCAGCAUUGGGAUGUACUGUACAAAUGUUUUCUAUGUUAGAAGCUUUUGUUUUGUUUGUUUACCUUUUUCUCUCUGUUAGAUGUUUCUAAGCUACCAACCCAACAAAGAAAUGCUUUCUGCCUUGAUAAAAGAUACUAAAAUCAAUAUUAGACUAAACUAUCUCAUAUUAAAGUUUGAA